AUGGCGUCUCUGAUCCCGCUCAUCAACGACCUGAUACCCAUGAUCGUUUCCUCCUCGGUAUCCGUCACCAAAGCGAGCACCCUCCGCCCUCCCGAUGCAACUCUGAAUCCCGCUUCUGCCAACGAGGCCGAUGCCGUUGUCAGCAAAAGCGAUAAGCUCUGCGCCUCCGAUACCAUUCUCUACAUGGCUUCCGGGACCGGCAUCCUGCUAGUUAGCCCCGGUGCAGGGCAAGAUGUCAAGCGGCACGAACUAUCCUCGGGUGACUUUGCCUUCAUUCCGUCCUGGACGGAGCACCAACUACUAAAUGAGUCGGAUCAAGAUACCGUGUGGGUCAUUACUCGCAGCGGUUCCCAGCCGGUCACGGUAGGCUUGACGGAUUGGGGAGGUGACCGGGCUAAGUAA